AUGAAAUUUCUUGGUGGCAUAUGUGAAAAUAUCUAUGGUGAAGUGCUUAAAUAUGAAAUAAUUCAACAUGAAAACAAUCGUUGUACGGAAUGUCGAUUAGAACGACAAACAAUACCUAUACAGAAAUGGCUGAUAUACACGCUCAUCUUCACUUAUCUAGCUGCGCUUGUUGGUGUUCAUAGAACAGAUAGUAAAUUCUUGAUGCUUCUAUCCAUUGUGUUCCUAAUUGGUGUAUUAUUGAAGGCUUAUCUAAAAGUCAAACGUGAGUGUGUUAUUAUUGGUAAUCAGACGGGUUUGCAAUUGACAACAACUUAUGUCAUCGGCAGGCAAACAACAGUCUAUAUCAGCUCAGAUCGAAUCCAAGAUGUGCUGAUCAACGAAGGAUUUCUUUCCCAACGUUUGAUUUAUUAUUUGACAUUGAUGAUUAAUGAUGAUAAAGUAGAUAUGGAUAUCCGGCACGAGGAUCAACAGAGGCGGCAGCAACUGUUGACCAUCGUGGACCGAGGCACUGCCGAACAGUUAUUUAGUUUCCUGCAGCAAUUCCAUCGAAGACCAUUUCGAAGUAUGGCAGAAGUUAUUUCAUAUGAAGGCGUCAUCGAUGAUCAAAUUGAUUUUAUCGAUUGCGUGGGAACGAAAUAUAAUGUCACACCAUUGAUUAUCGCUGCAGGCAAAGGUUCAUAUGAAAAAACGAAGAUUCUCCUUGUACAUGGAGCCAAUCCAAAUCAACAGUGUUCAACAGGCGAUACAGCUUUGAAUUUGGCCGUUCAUCGCCAGAAAUAUCAUAUUGCAGAUUUAUUAGCUAAGUAUCACGCGAACCCUAACGUUGCUAAUCAAUCGGGUAAAACAGCACUGCAUCGUGCUGUUGUUUCAUAUGUCGAUGAGAAUGCUAAUCACAUACGAGUAUUGCUUCAUGCUGGUGCUGAUCCGACAAUCGAAGAUCGAAAUCAGCGAAUACCUCUCGACGAAGCCGUUGUUACGAAUAAACCAGAAAUUGUCGGUGUCUUGCUCUCAUAUGAUGGAACUUUGACACAACGAGCCUAUCGAGCCGCGAUUAUCGCUGCACGUCUUGGUACAAUACGUUCUUUCUCUCCAAUCGCAUUUCUAUCUCAACGAUUCCUAGGUCAUGAUAAAUGUUUGCAAACACUACUCGAUUACGGUAUGGAUCCAAAUAUCUGCGAUCGAAGUCGUACAACUCCAUUGCACGUAGCAAUUCGUUCAUUGAAACUAUCAACAGCACGUCUUCUAAUAUCACAUGGUGCUGAUCAAAAUUUCGUGAAUAAUCGAGGUGAAACACCGACAACUAUUGCAGAGUAUCUUCCGCCAGAACAGCAACAGUUAUUUAUUAACAUUCUGACAACAUCUGAUAUGAAUGAAGAGAUAAAGAGAGGAUCUACAGCAUUCAUAGCCCGCUCUUCAUUGAUGACAAUGCCAAAUGUCAAUUCAACUACAGAACCGAUCUCAACUAUCUACAGAGAUACACCACGAUUGGGUCCAUCGGAAUUUCGAAAAUACACAACCGGUACCAUUCAAGACUUCUUCACUACGAAUAUUAUUCCAUAUGUGCAUCCGUUACUUCGUAGUCAUCCGAACUGGACGCUAGACAGUGAUGAAUUUCGAAGUCGAACAGAUAUCAAUUCAUCCGUUCAAAACCUUCUUGACGCCUCAAGCGGAACCUACUGGUGUUCCACACAACCGAGAGAUGCUUGGGUGGUGUUUGACUUAAAACAUCAAUUCAAUAUUAGUGGAAUGAGAGUUAUUGGAUGCGAAAAUCAAUCAACACCAAAGAGCGGCCAUCUUGAUGUUUCCAAUGCUUUCAAUGGUCCAUGGCUGAAAGUCAAAGAUUUCACUUGCUCAUUGUCUCAAGGAAAUAAGACGGAUAUCUUUUUCGCACCGUUGAAAACACGUUUCAUUCGAGUAUUUAUAACGGAUAAUCAUGGUGGUGAUAAUAUUUGUAUCCAAGGAAUUGGAUUCUAUGGAGUAGAUAUGCGUCUAGUGAAUUUAUUGCGUGAACAUGGACUCGAACGAAGUCUUCAGACGUUAUUAGCCAAUGAUAUCAAUGAUUUGGAAACGUUAGAUGAAAAACGUGACGAAAUUUUAAAUUCAUCAGAUAAAUAUUUGGAUAUAAAUGACCAUUUUCAAUUUAUUCGAUUAAUGGAUUCUUUGCGACGUCCGGUAUUAACAUUUUUGGAAUGGUUCAAUGCGCCUCAAUCGACAGUGGUUGCCGGUGAAAAAUUGCAAACAUUUAGUGCAGCGGGUGAUGAAGGUGCCACAGAACGUGUUAGACUAGAAGAAAAAUCGGAGGAUAGUUCACAUAUCAGAACAAUAAUUUUGAGAGAUCUUGAGCCAAUUCAAGGACGUUCAUUGGUUGAUUUUCCAGAUUAUUCCAUACAAGAUCCGGGAAGAUAUCAAGUCCGAGUUGUUAACAUUGAAUCUCCUGAUAUAAGAACGCAAUGGCAAGACAUCAUUGUUGAGAACUAUGCAGAUUCGAAUGAUGAUUUCGCCAAUGAUAGCUCCGGUUUCGAUUAUCCAUCCGGUGGAAAGAUUAGACAUUUAACUCCAAGCAAAUUUCGAGUGACAAAACGUGCACAAUUGCCCAAUGUUUUUCCACUGGCUAAUACCGCUGCUACUGAAAUCCCUUUCCACAAAGGAGAAUACACAUUAACACCAUCGAAGUAUCGAUUGAAAAAAAAUCCGAAGGCUGCAUUCGACCCCGAUUAUGAAAACUUCAAUCACCGUUACAGAAGAGAAUCUCAAGAAAAUACUCAUCCAGAAAAUCAUAAACCAGCUCCCGAUGAACACUCUCGCGUUAUUGGAGAUUUCAUAUUAACUAAAAGACCACCUGAAAGCAGGAGCAUUUAUAGUUAUAAACCGAAGAACACACAUACAAGUUAUAUAUACAAAGGUACACUUGAGCCUUCUGAAGUUCAACAGCGUGCAGCCAACGAGAUGCAAUAUAUUGCUCAGCAACAAAGAAGUCGUAGAUCAUCGGAAAGUUCUGUGCAUCGAUUGGCCUAUGUCAACGUAUUUUCGGCACCACGCGGGACAAAUGAUGGUGGCCAAUCGAAUUAUAAUCAAUCGUAUCCCUCCAUUUAUCCACGCUCAGCAUCGACUUCUGAUCGAAGACCUGGCGCAUGUGUGCCGGCGUCGUAUGUUGCUCGAUACUAUUUUGGCGAGAAAGCCGAAAGUGCCUCGUCCGAUGAGGAUGACUGGACGAGAGGGUAUCGAAAUUGUGUGGUACUCAGUCGUCCUCCAAUACCACGGCCUUGUGAACAACAAUCGUCUCGUGCGCAUGCGCUAAACGAACAGGAAAGCAAUUAUACUACUAUCAACAACGAUUUCCAGCAUGUCAUGGAUAUCGGAACAUCAACGAAAGAAGAUUUACGCAAUUCAGCGCCAGCACCAACUUCGGAUAAUAAACGACUAACAACUUUAAGCAAACAGCUAUCCUCGGUUACGAACCAAAGUCCUCGUAGCGAAAGUGAAACAUACCGGGUCGAUCAUCCGGAUAUCGAAGAAAAAGAUAACGAAGAUGUCACGACUGCACCAUGGAAAACAGCUAAUUAUCCAACGGGUAUUGCGACUAGUGGAAUGCUGAAUAGCGAGCUGUAUGCCGAUGUGAACAGUUCUAGUCUCCCGCAAAACGCACACGACAAUAGAAAUAAAUUCAUAUUCAACGAUUCCGAUACUGAUGAAGAAGAUCGCUUUCGAUCGACACCAAAACCUUCGCCAAGUAUCGGUGAAGUUGUACGCAAUGAUCCUCUCGCUGGUGUUCAACGUUCGAACUAUGAAACGAACAAUAAUAACCACCAGCGAACACCAAUUCCUAAACCACCAACAAUAUCAACACAGAAGCCAGGUGUUCCAUCAGAUUUUUCAACAGACCACGACAUUCAUCGACCAGUAUCAACAUCGCCAACGGGUCUUAACGAUGAAUUAAUGCGCAUUACCACCAAUUUCGAUAAGUCUCAACAUUUUCGACCAACGCCACGACCACCUUAUCACGAUUAUUCAGGUGACGACGAUUCAGAAGAUAUGCAACCAAGUCGUAGCACUUAUGACUCGAAAGGUGAUUCACGAAGACCAAAAGGUAUCGACGAGAGUACUCAGUCCGAAGAGAAGUCCACACGAAAUGUGGGCACUAUGCACGAAUCAGUUGAAACACGAAAUUUUGGUCACGAAGUCCAACCACAAUCAUCAUCAACGCAGACUUCAUUUUCUUUGAAAGACAAACCAUCCAAACCACCAAUACCCUUCAUAGAACGACCUGAACAUAGACGUCCAUCAAUCGAUGACCCUCCUCGAAGUUCUCGAAUCUCUCCUCGCCCACAACAGCAGCCUUAUAGAGAAGAAUAUUCCUAUCGUUCGCAUGAGAGAAUACCUUACGAAUGUCCUAGAAGGAGAUCUCCGUCUCCACCACCGUUGCCAUCAACACCACCACCACAAACAACGACUUAUUAUUACGAUCCUCGGUUCAGAGAUCGUUCACCACGUCAUCAUUCACCGUAUCGUCCUACAACAUCACAUUAUCGAACUCGUACACCAACUCCGCCACGCCCGCCGCGAUCAACUACUCGCCGUCGACGACCACAAAUGCACUCUCAAGAAACCGAUACCAGUCUAGAUGCAAUGAAACAUCAACAACAUGCAGGUGUUCAGUAUGAUCCUCGAUCAACGCAUGAAAGAGGUACAACACCUAGUUUGCGAUCCAAGAAACCAACAAGUCCCUAUCGUCCACUCACACCCGAUACAACACUCUACUCUCCACGCCCAUAUCCAACAUCAUCUAGACAUCAUUCACCUCAAAGUUUUCAACUUGAACCUAGCAGAAGAAUUGAUCAUUAUCGAGAUAAACGCGAAUACGAAGAAGAAGAAGAAGAACCACCUGUCAUGCACGACAAAUCAACUAUGGCCGAACUUACCGUCAGUUUUGAUCAUUACACACAAUGCGAUGCUCAGCCUUUCAUGGCUGAUCGUUAUAUUCAAACGACACCAACGAAUGAUGACGAUGAACAUUACAAUUCAUACGAAUACUCUAACGACUCAGAUAUUCGACAACUACCACGUCGUACUUCUACUUAUAUUCCACAGCCAAUUGUUAUCCAACCUGAUACACUACCACGCCCACAACGUUCCCGUUAUUCUCCAACACGUCCAAAGCGCGACGGACUUGAUUAUACGGGAAAUAUUCUUGAACUCUCACUUCAUCAUGGCCAACAACAACGAACUACGCCUAUUCCUGGCUCACCGGUACUUCACAUUGGCACAGAGAAUGUUAUUCUACAGUCGUCGACAGAUGAAUAUACUAUACCAUUUGAAACACGUUAUAUCCACGAUUCGUUUCCGUCAAGAACGGGGAAGGAUAGUCCGUUCAUUAGUACUAUUCGGGAUUCACCACAAACUCGAUUAUUUUCUAGUAGUAGUCCCGUACGACAAUCGAAAAGUAAUGGAAACUUCUUUUUGACCACUGCACCAACACGAUCAUUGAAUUCAUCUUUUCGUCUUGAAAUAUCUGCUGAUGACUUUUAA